ACACUCUUCCACAGAUGUGUGCUGGUGUCGUGUCUGCUUGUGUGUGUCUGUGUGUCACAGAGAGAGAUAGAGAGAGAUGCGUGGAGUGACACAUCAAAAUAUAUGGCUGACCUUGUUUGAGGGAUGCCAGCCAGUGAGACGAGAUAGAGACUAUGCAUACAGGAGCGUAAAAGGCAUAUUAAGAGAGAGUGAGUGAGCCAAGAGAGAGAAGCUAAAAAGAGAGCUCGGAUAUAUUAUCUAGGUAGCCAGAUAUGGGUGUGUUUGAUUCUAUCCCGUGGAAAUCAAACAAACAAGACACCAGAUCACCAGCUGGAAGAGUCCGCAUCAGCUCUCUGCAUUAGUAUAUAGUUUUCCUUGCGAUUCUCGUUUAUGGCUUUUACUUGAGUUUGGCAGAAACAAAGCCAGCCACCUCUUGCAGAUUUCGGUCUCACUGCGUCGCUACGUAGCUGCUAUAAACCUUCCAACAUACGCAAAUGAUGUCCGGUGACCCUUUCUCCUUAUCCACUACCAUCGGAGGUUUUGCUCCUCAACAAAGCCCAAACCCUAACCCUAAACCUAUUCCAAAGAAGAAGAGGAAUCUCCCAGGAACACCGGAUCCAGAUGCGGAGGUCAUCGCACUUUCACCGAAAACUCUCAUGGCCACCAACAGGUUCAUUUGCGAAAUAUGCAACAAAGGGUUUCAGAGAGAUCAGAACCUUCAGCUCCACCGGAGGGGUCACAACCUGCCAUGGAAGUUACGACAGAGGUCCAACAAAGAAGUUCGAAAGAAGGUUUACAUCUGUCCGGAGAAGACAUGCGUCCACCAUGACCCAUCCAGAGCACUCGGAGACCUCACUGGCAUAAAGAAGCAUUUUAGCAGAAAACAUGGCGAGAAGAAGUGGAAGUGUGACAAGUGUUCCAAGAAAUAUGCAGUCCAAUCUGACUGGAAAGCUCACACCAAGACUUGUGGAACAAGAGAAUACAAGUGUGAUUGUGGGAACCUAUUCUCCAGAAAAGACAGCUUCAUCACACACAGAGCUUUCUGCGACGCCUUAGCAGAAGAGAGUGCGAGGCUCACCUCAGUCUCCCCGACAAAUCUGAAUUUCAAGAACGAAGGGAAUACGAUGAGCUCACAACAUAGUCUGGCACUCGAAAACAACGCAGAAGUAAUUUCUCAAUUUGGCUCGCACGGAUUUCGCCCAGAUUUCAAUGGAAUGGGGAUGGGCGGGAACUCAGCAUGUGCGGACCAGCAAAGGGCAAGCUUGUCAAUGUGGCUGAACCAGGGAAACAAUGGUCUGGAUGUGGGAGGGCUUUACGGGUCUUCUAGUUGUUCUUCGGGUUUGGGUGAUCACAUGGCACAAAUGACGACCCAAGCUAAUAACAACGCUUUUGGGUCUUGUAAUUUUGGAAUGCCAGCUUCGAGUUCAACAAACGCAGGACUUUUAGUAUCCAGUGGGAGAAGAGGAGAAGCCAUGUCAAAACCAGCCUCUCCCAUGUCAGCGACUGCUCUACUUCAGAAGGCAGCUCAGAUGGGUUCCACCAGAAGCAGCAACAACAAUCCCUCUAUUUUCAGUGGCACUCUAGGAGUGAUGACCUCGUCUUCUUCCCAUACGACGACGACUAAUCUCAGUGAUAACAACGCCAACAAGCACCGGAAUUUCAGUUCAACUAGCAGUGCUGAGCCUGUGUUAGCAGAUAACAACUUUAGCUCGUUCACUCAUACAACGAACACUAAUCUUGACCAACUCGUGACGCAGACCAGAACAAAGCAGAGUCAGGAGCAACACGUGCAAUUGAAGCUUUACCCAGGUGGUUCGUCGGAACAUAAUUUAACAAGAGAUUUUCUUGGCAUGGGCGGUAGUGGUGCAGGAGGAGCCGGGAAUCCUCCUCCAUUUCUACCCCAAGAGCUGGUAAAGUUUGCGUCCAUCGGCUCACCCAUGGGUUUAACCCAAUUCACCGCCAACCAUUGAAGUUGUUUAUCUGUGUUCUUACUGAUGAUAAUUUAGCCAGCUAGGCAAGGCAGGCCCUCCAUGUGUAAGUAAGACAAGGCAAGCUUGAAGGCUCAUUGGGAAGUUCAAGAUUCGACCAAUGAGACACCCCUUGUGCCAGGGCCCACUGCAUGUCUGAGGUAACCCGAGGAGCAGCGAACUCCGAGUCAUCAUCAUCAUGCAUGUUCUCCUAAUUGUAGCUGUUGUCGUUGUUGUUUUCGCUUUCUUGUAAUUGUUUUGUCUUCCGUCUUA